AUGGAUUACGUUGUGCAUACUGUCGAGUUCUUGCAGCCAUAUGCAGAAUUAGUGACGCCAUUUGACUUUAGUUUCUUGUAUAGUUACGUUGAUAAGCUCUCGACUUCUCUCAAUCUUGGCAGUGAUCAGCUUCGUUAUGUACUCUGUCUCUUUGCUGCAUAUCCAUUAGCUGUUGUAUACAAAUUCCUGCCAAGUGCUCAUCUCAAGCAUUUAAUGGAUGUGAUUGUUGGUAUUUCUAUCGCUCAGUUUGUCUUGGGCUCAGGCUGGAUUCACUCGUUCAUUGCGAGCUUUAUCACGUAUCUCUUGGUGAUGUUUGGACCACCCAAGCAUACACCAAGCAUCGUGUUCUUGUUCAAUAUGCUGUACAUGUCAGCUUCACACAUUUAUCGUCUUUACGUGGACUAUAUGGGCUGGACACUGGACUUUACAGGACCGCAGAUGCUGUUGGUUAUCAAGCUCACAAGCUUUGCGUACAAUUACUACGACGGUGUAGUCGACAAGACGUUUGAGAAGAAGAGUGGACACAUGUCUUCCAGCAUGAAAAAAGUGUAUGAAAACCGUCAAAAGCUUGCAAUCCAAGAGAUUCCGAGCUUGUUAGCAUUCUAUGGCUACGUUUACAGCUUUACAACGUUCUUGGCCGGACCGGCCUUUGAGAUUCGCGAGUAUUUGGACGUGACGACCGGCAAGAAGUUCCGUUUUGAUGGUAAGAACAAGCAGCCGUCCAGUGUGCUAGCAGCCUUCUCCAAAUUCUUGGUAGGCUCGCUGCUUAUGGCUGCGUUUGCCGUAUAUGGACCCACGUACCCGCUGUCGAACCUUCACGACCCCAAAGUUGCGGCUCUACCGCUGUUGUACCAGAUUCGCGACUUGUACAUUACGCUCAUUUUCUGCAAAGCGAAGUACUACGCCGCCUGGAAGAUUGCUGAGGGUGCAACAGUAUUGUGCGGCUUUGGUUUUGAGGGCUUCAACAAGGAUGGUUCAAGCCUUGGCUGGAACGGUGUGAGCAACAUGGAUAUUCUGGGCUUUGAGUUUGCGCAGAGCAUUCGCGCUGCUUCUCGCGCCUGGAACAAAGGCACGCAAAAUUGGUUGGAGCGCUAUGUGUACACUCGCACGGGCAACUCGCUCAUUGCCACGUACUUCGUCUCGGCCUUCUGGCACGGAUUCUAUCCGGGCUACUACCUGUUCUUUAUGAGUCUGCCACUAGCUACGGCUGUGAACCGCCUGGCCUUCAAGCGUCUCCGUCCACGUUUUAUUGAGGCCGAUGGAUCGUUUGGAGCCAAGAAGAAAGUUUAUGACUUCUUGAGCUACCUGCUGACGCUAUUUGCAAUGCACUACUUUGUGAUGCCUUUCCAGGCGAUGUCGUGGGAGAAUUCGCUGACUUCGCUGAAGAAUACGUACUUCGUCGGGCACAUUGCUGCUGUCGUGCUUUACGUCGUGCUUUCCGUCAUCCCGACACCCAAGCCCAAAAAGAAAAUUGAAUAG